AUUUUGACAUUUUGCAUUAUUAUCUUGAAUAUAUGUAGAGUAUAUAUUUAAAAACCUAGUUUUAAAUUAUAAUAUGCCACCAAAGAAGGAUGCAAAGGGAAAGGACAAUAAAGCUGCCGGUGGUAGUAAAAAAGGUGCUGCAUCAGGUGGUUCAGAUGAAAAAGGUAAAGAAAAAAAAGGAGGCAACGCGGUUAAAGUAAGGCAUAUUUUAUGUGAAAAACAGGGAAAAAUAAUGGAAGCAAUGGAAAAGCUAAAGGCUGGUCAAAAAUUUCCAGAGGUUGCAGCAGCUUAUAGUGAAGACAAAGCAAGGCAAGGUGGAGACUUGGGGUGGCAAAUACGUGGUGCUAUGGUUGGUCCCUUUCAAGAUGCGGCAUUUGCUUUACCUAUUUCUACAGUUAAUAAUCCUGUUUACACUGAUCCACCAAUUAAAACUAAGUUUGGUUAUCAUAUCAUAAUGGUUGAAGGGAAGAAGUAGAAUUCCUAACAAACCUAACAUUUUUAUACGAAAUACAUAGAAAUUUUUGAAAAACUCGA